GGAGGCGGGGUCCUGGCGGGGUCCUGACGUGACAUUGAUUUGGCCGCCAUGGCGUCGUCGCAGCAGCAGCAACAGGCUCGCGUCCCUCCGGCCGCCGCCGCCGCUUCCGCCCCCAACCCGGGCGUGGUUGGCUUCCUGCGCCACCAAAUAAAGCAUCGGCCCAGCCUGAUUCCGCUUUUCUUAAUUAUGGGGACCGCAGUGGCCGGGGCGGGACUCUACCUGAUGCGCCUGGCUGUUUUGUGUCCGGAAGUAAGAUGGGACAAGAAGAAUAAUCCGGAACCGUGGAACAACCUCGAUGCCACUCACCGUUACAAGUUUUUCGCCAUUAAUAUGGACUACAGCAAGUUGAAGAAAGACCGCCCGGAUUUCUGAGAACGAGGCGAGUUUUUUUGGGGGGGGGGAGAACCGUUCUCGGGAUAAGCCGUCGACGAAGGUCUUUGGGUCUUCCGGAAGCUGACCGCACAACUUGUACACUUACUUCGUAAUCCAGGAAACCAAAAUCUUUGUGGUGCAUCGCGCUUAAAAAAACAAUCAAUAAUGAUGUUUUGGAGACUUGCAUGCUUAAAAUUAAUAAAUGAUCGACUUGAAAACCUCAA